CAUUGGGUUUGCUUUUGAAAAGUUGUUCAAUGUCAUUACAUACACCGCGUAGGCUAUUUGCGAGACAUAUUAGAAAUGCUCGCGUGUUAGAUUAGAUGAAUUUUCCUAUUUUCCAGUAUACGAUCCCGUUAUGUGUAUGGAUUGUAUUAUGUGUGUGGUGUGUUUUGUGUGUGGUGUGUGUUAUGUGUGUUAUGUGUGUGGGGUGUGUGUGUGUUGCGUUCGUUGCGUUCGGUGCGUUUUUUGCGUUGUGUGUGUUUGGCGUGUUUCUGGCGUGGUUUUCCUAUGUUUUUUUUUUUUUUUUGGGGGUCCUGUUCUUUGGAUUGUUAUUUGGGAUUGGAAGGAUACUGGGAUUUGGGAUUUGGGAAUUGGGAUUUGGGAAAGACACUCGGCGUUGGUGAAAGGAUGACCUGGAAGGCCAAAUUUGGGCGGGACUGGAUUCCCAGCAAACUUUAUACCCCUUGACGAACCACUCGGCCACGAACUACAGCUACGAUUACAACUA